UUACCAUUCCUCCGCCGUUACUCGUCUUCGUGUAAUUCGAACCGACAGUCAUCAGUACUACCAUCAGCACAGAGAGCCAGUUGUGUGUUGUGUAGCGUGUCUGUGGUUUUGAUAGGAUUCAAGCUGCGGUAAAGGUGAUAAGAAAAGAAGCUUUUUUCAGUUCCUUAUCGAAGCCUUUUCAUUCUGGAUUCCGGACUACCGGUUAAGUUAGAAUGCUGCCACAUAAUUGCGAUACGGAUUCUAUCCUAAACAGGCACUGACGAUUCACUUGGACCUGCAAGCAAUAUGAGCCAAAUGUCGCGGAGGCACCACUUCAGAACUAUUCGUUACUCUUCAGCAAAUAAGCAAGACUGAUUAUCUUAACCAAAAAAAAAACCUAAGCACCCAGAAACACUAAGCAAUUUAGCGAAACUUAAUCCUGUUAUCCCUAGCAUUUUUGACCAAGCAGUCCGGACAGUGCAUCGAUGUCCUACGCAAACGGCACCCAGCUCAAGUCAUCGUCUACUGGUACGGCUGGCAAUGGAGGUACAACCAAUGGUACCGGUGGCGCUGGACCGCCCCGUUAUCCUGCGCCCCCGGGACGUCCGCAAAACUAUACCAUCUACAGCAAAGAUUCCGACCGGUUGCUGUGGGAGAUGCGAGCGGUUAACCACCGGACACCGAACACCACGCCGGCCAGUACGGUGCUCAAUUCGCCGGACCUGACGGAUUUGGACACGAAAAUGCGCUACCAACACAGUACCCUGAUGCAGCACCAUCAGAUCAAAGUAGGUCGUAGUCCGGUCGGUUCCGGUGGAAACAACGACAGUAACAAUUCCACCAAUCCGUCCAGUCCGACUCAGAUCGGUGGUCCCGGUGGAGCCGUGCUACUCGGUGGAUCCCAGGGUGGCCGGCAGCAGUUUUCUUCAUUUUCGUUGCUAUCCGACGGGGAAAUGGUUGUGUUUGAUGAUAUCGAAUCGGUCGGUGGUUGGCGAAUGAGUAGUGGUCGGGACAUUCUCGGAAGUUCGCCGGUUCCUUCGGAAAAUGACGAUAGUGGCGCUGACGGUGUUGUCGGUGCUGACCGGGACGAUGAUGACGAGAAGAAAUACUACGACGUGGACAGCACAAAGAAACAGCGCAUCAUCGGUGGGCUGACGAUUGCCGAGUACGAAGGUUCCCCGCGGAGGUUCGGAACCAUUGAUCGGAAUGAAGCGAAUCCGCACGGGGCAGCUGCUGGCGGAAGAAUACCGAAGCCUGGAUUUCCCAAGCGAGUGAUAUCACCCAGCCCAUCGGAAACGCACCAACGUUUACCGUACGAACCCCAUUCGGAAUUGAUCAACCUCAACGAUGAUGAUGAUGAUAAUAAUGACAACCUUGCGAACGAUGGAAACCGCGACGAAGUCACCGGCAGCCGGAAUGCUCCCAGCGACAGUAAGUUCAAUCGAUCCUACGCGGACUAUUUUGCUUCUAACGAAGAUUUGGACGAGGGGGACCGCAGUAACCCGACUCCGACUAACCUACUAACCAGCGGGGAAGAUGCGGUCGGUCCUGGCGAUGACAAUACGUGUGGUGGUGAUGGUGCUGUCGAUGACUAUUUCUAUGCUUACGCUACUACUACUACUAAUAAUAAUAAUCGAAACGCUCAAAGUAAUGCCUAUGUUGGUCAACGGUUAGCCACCAAGCAGCUGCGCAAUAGUGGAAACAUUCGAGAAUGGGAAGCCGAUUGCUCCUCGUCGCCGAAUCGUGAUGACGACGAUUGCCAGGACGAUCAGAACAUCAGUGAUCAUCUGAGUAACAACUACCCAUACUAUCAAAAGUAUAACACUCAUUACCGGUACGGUGUCGCAACCGUGCCCCAACAACAAUCAGAAAUUCACAAUCAACAGCGUUUCUAUCAAUCUCAUCAAGCACAUUAUCAAGGUUACGGGACGGUUAGUGGUGGUGGUGUUGGGGGUAGGGAAGCACAAGACAUUGAACUGUACAUCGAGUCCGACAGUGGUGGAUUCGAUUCCGGCCUAGACCAACCUUCACUACAUCAACAACAACAGCAGCAGCAGCAACAACAUCAACAUUCACUCGACGAUUGCAAGCUGAGAAGUUUUACGCUUUCACCGGAAACGACUGACUACGAUUCCAAUUGUGGCGAUCUAGACUCGGAGGUUUCCUUACGAUACAUCGGUAACGAAUACGGACUAUCGGGUGAUUUGAACGGACUGCCCGGUCACGUGGGAAGCGGAGUCACCGGCGAUCCUGGCACCGAUUACGGUCGCUUAUACAGCAGUAUGCCCAUCCUAGAGGAUGGGCUAUCCAGUGGGCAUGCAUCGGAUACCGAGAAUAAUCUACCUCCUCCCGGAUCCGGUAUAUCGAUCGUGAUGGAUCAACAAUCAGUGAUAGCAGGAGUGGAAAGCGAACAGGAGCGUACGGCCGAUGUCGACCAGUGUGAACAACAGGAACUGGACUCCUGCGAUGAAGUGCAGGAAGCCAUCAAGGAUAUCAAAGCGGCACUACAGAAGACCAAAAUACUGCCUUCCACCGAAGGAAGCUCAACGCUAGUCCCCGAUCAGGAGGGGACGAGUACGAUCUCCCCUGUGUGGGUUCCAAGGGCCUACAGCAAAUCUCGGGAAAGCUUAGAUUCCGACCAACCAGCAAAGUUACUCAGUGCCGAUGAAGAGGAAGCCGACACCGAUCUGGAAACAGAUCGCCUCCUCGGACAGCAACGGCUCGACGAACACGGAUUCGUCGAUGAUAAGAGUUGGACGGAACGACCGAAGAUUCGAUCCGUCCGAUCGCCGGGGGUGCCUCUAAUCAGCAAAAAUCAUACCGCCAUCCGAGCUGGCCUGGGGACGCAACUGUCGGCCGAAUCACCCGUGAACAAUGUGACUCUCACGAACCUGUACGGUAACGGUGGUAGCGUCAAGGUGGCAUCAUCCGACGGUGACGAACUGAAGCAACUGGCGACGGUGAUCGCCGAUAGCAGUCCCGAACAUAUAAGUGAUCCGGACAAAAAGGGCAAGUGCAAAACUAAGGAGGGUCUCCUGGAUCCAACAGUUCUGAUCGAAGGUGUUCUCUUUCGGGCACGCUACCUCGGUUCCACCCAGUUGGUGUGCGAAGGUCAACCGACGAAGUCCACCCGCAUGAUGCAAGCAGAGGAAGCCGUUUCGAGGAUCAAGGCUCCCGAGGGUGAAACCCAACCCAGUACCGAGGUGGAUCUGUUCAUCUCGACGGAGAAAAUUAUGGUGCUCAACACUGACCUGAAGGAGAUUAUGAUGGAUCAUGCGUUACGGACAAUUUCCUACAUAGCCGACAUCGGCGAUCUCGUAGUGCUGAUGGCCCGACGGCGCUUCGUCCCGCAGGACACCAGCGAAUCCGGAGAUCCGGCUGCACCGUUGACAACGGGUCAACAAACAACCGCGAUCACUGCUGACGCGGGCGGUGGUAGCAGUCCACCACCGAAGAAGUCCGUUUCACGAGGAAACCGGACACCGAAGAUGAUCUGCCACGUGUUCGAAAGUGCCGAAGCUCAAUUCAUCGCACAGUCCAUUGGGCAGGCAUUCCAGGUGGCCUACAUGGAGUUCCUGAAGGCGAACGGAAUUGAGGAUCAUAGUUUUAUGAAAGAAAUGGACUACCAGGAAGUGCUCAACAGCCAGGAGAUCUUCGGAGACGAGCUGGAAAUAUUCGCCAAGAAAGAACUUCAGAAGGAGGUUGUUGUACCGAAGGCGAAAGGUGAGAUUUUGGGGGUUGUGAUCGUGGAGUCCGGAUGGGGAUCGAUGCUACCGACGGUGGUGAUCGCCAACCUGUCUUCGUCUGGGGCAGCUGCCCGCUGUGGUCAGUUGAACAUCGGUGAUCAGAUCAUAGCGAUCAACGGACUGAGCUUGGUCGGGUUACCGCUUUCCACCUGCCAAGGUUACAUCAAGAACACCAAAACUCAAACGGCGGUUAAAUUCACGGUUGUUCCAUGCGCUCCGGUCGUAGAGGUACGGAUCAAACGUCCGAACACGAAGUACCAGCUCGGGUUCAGUGUACAGAAUGGAGUGAUCUGCAGUUUGUUGCGAGGUGGCAUUGCCGAAAGGGGUGGUGUUCGGGUUGGCCAUCGGAUAAUUGAGAUCAACAGUCAGAGUGUGGUGGCGGUACCGCAUGAGAAGAUCGUCAAUCUACUAGCGACUUCGGUGGGUGAGAUUCACAUGAAAACUAUGCCUACUUCGAUGUUCCGACUGCUGACCGGACAGGAGAAUCCAAUCUAUAUCUAAGUAAGAAUGUGAUACGAACAAAACGCUCGGUUACGGGAAGAAUUGUAAACAAAGAGGCAACUCGCGGUUGAGACAUUCUUCGUUGUCGGGUAAGUUGUUAAGCAAAAAACGCUUUUAUGUUGAUACAAUAAUUUUUGAGCAUUAGCCAGGAGAUUGAGGGGAAGUUAGAUUGUUAUGUAUCAUAGAAAUAAGUGUUGUAGACAGAAGUUACAGAAACUUACUUUUCGAAUAUUGUGACGAGUGGAUUUCAAAAACUCUCCGACGAGAACCGAUUUCAGUACACUCGGUGUAUUUCGCUCCUCAGCUUGAACCAUCACAUUUUGGGGCCUAUGAACAGAGAAAAAAAAACAUUUACAAAUAGAAAACCCCAAAUCAUAGCAAACUUUCUUCCAAAGCAUCCAAUUAAUACCGAUACAAACACACGACACUAUACUUUUUUCUUUCCGCGACCAAACUAAUACUCUUUAACAAAAACAAAAAAUAUAAAACUGCCCAAAAUGUACUAAAUAAUCGAACGUAUGGAAACAAUACCUGAAAAUCAGGAUCAGAAUGAACAAAAAAAAUCUAAUACAGCCUCAGACUCAACAAUCGGAGAGCGAAGAAAAACACACAACCAUCAUAGAAACGUAACUGACUUAUGGCAUCAGAGGACAAAUGUAGCAAAUAAUCGAGAACAAUAUGUAAACAAAUAAAGUAUUUAUUCUUAGCAAUAUGUAAGCAUACGAAUCUAUAAAGAAAACACGUGAAAUGCAAACGAGAGUUUAGCUUGCGCUUCGCUGCUACCGCACUGGCGAACACUAUUCUAUAUAAGAAUGCGCGCGUGUGUGUGGCUGUCUCUGUUAGUGACUUACACACACAUAUACAAACACACCAACUCGCGUACUCGCGUACUGCGGUAAGCAGCAGUGUUAGAGAGGCAAAUCUCAGAGGUGAAAGCUCACCGCACACAACUACUCAAGCAAAUUAUAGCAAACACCGGAAAACCAGAAAACUAACCAGUCGCGAGGCAAUGCAAUUCGUUACGGAAAGAAUCAGAUAUGUACUGUAUGUUAUUAUACAAGAAAAGAUAAACCCAAUGAUUGAAAAUAUUUAAUGUGAUAAUAAGCAAGUAAUCAUCCCAAAACAAUCACCAGCAAAAGCGAAAAAAAAGGUUGUUACGAACGUUUAGUAUUUGCUGAGAAGGCGCUAAUAAAUAGAAAAAGGUAUGAAAUUA